AUGCCGGGCUUCACAGACUCUUUCUGGUCAACUGACUAUGCUGGUGGCCUGGGCGUACUGUUUUCGAAAUUGCAGCAAGGUGUCACUGAGAACCAGCAGGUAUUAACAAUAGCAACCUUGCGUGCCGAUGCGGAGGAGAUGUACAGCGAGAGACUUGGUGAUAUUGCGCCUACAAUUGACCGUAUGAGUGGUGGCUUUACUCGCGACGAUGGCGCAAGCGCGUAUGAGGGUGUCCGCGCCGAGAUGGUUGAGGCGACGAAGAACCACCAGAAGAUCGCGUCUAAUAUCCGUGAAUUAGUCGUUACUCCCUUCUCGCGCUGGUGCGACGCGCAUGCUAUUCGCAUCCAAAAUUCCCAGGAUGAAUUGCAGUCGAAAACCAAAGCACAUGAUCGGCAAGCUGAACUAGUCAAGAAGCUCCGUAGUCAAUACUUCAACAAGUGUCGUUUAGUGGAAGAUCUUGAGGAAGAGAAUAAACUGGCAUUUCAAGACCCUGAGAAAGAGCAGCCAGCACAGAGCAGUCCGAAGCCGCAAAGCCCGCCAAAACUGGUGCUACCAGCCGAUGAUUCGGAAGAUGAGCCAAUCGAGAUCGGGGAUGAGCUAUACUACCCAGAGCAGGUUAAGAAAUUGUUGAGGCACAUGCUGGAAACAAUCAGAAUAGGAGAGACCAAGGUGCCAGUGCUUGGUAUCUAUCAGAAUACUUCAGUGGGGGCGGACAUAGUAGAGUAUAUUCAAAGGGAUAUGAAAGCUACCAGUGUGAGCUAUGCGGAGAGGAUUGGUCAAGAUUUGGUGAAUGCAGGCUACUUGAGAUUGGUCGGAAAUGUGGGAAGCACAUUUGCAAACAGCUCUAAAAUGAAUUAUCAAUGGCGACCGAAGGCAUGGCAAGUGGCUGGUUUGCCCGAGAGGAAGAAGGCUACGAACCGAGUUGGCUCUAUGGCACCACGAAGUGGCACAAGUUCAUCUCAGGAUGGGGGCCUGGACUCACCUGGGGUCGGAUCAAUAACUGAGACUCUGCAAACCUGGAAUCCGCUCAACAACCCUCAUCCUAAUGAGACCCCAGCUGAGAAGCUAAGAAGAGAAUCCAAAGAAGCGGAUGAGAAAUACAAAGCUGGAGUCAAACGACUUGAUCUGCUUCGAUGCAACUUGGAGGAGUCGAUGAUGGAUCACCUGAAAUUCCUCGAGCGAUGCGAACUGGACAGGCUAAAAGCCAUUCGGUCUGUCAUCCUUGACUUCUCGGGUGCUAUCAGCAACGUGAUUCCUGCUUUGCAGAGUCAGGUCGAUAACAUGAUGCUCUAUCAGGAGACGAUUCAACCCCUCGGUGAUCUCCGCUACAUGCUGGAGAAUUAUCGAACCGGAGGCUAUGCACCAAAAGUUGUGCCAUAUGAGAACUAUUACGGUAGUGUCGAGGACCAGACCUUCGGAGUCGACCUCGAGGCACGAGCCAGAGCUGAUCGAAAGCGCGUCCCACUUAUCAUCACCACCCUUCUAACCUAUCUAGACAAUCACUACCCUGACCUCGAAGGCGACGAGGCAAGAAGAGUCAUAUGGCUGGUUGAUGUGCCCUUGGCUGCCACACAUCAUCUACGCAAUGCCAUCAACAACGGCAAAGCUAUUCCCAAAGAAGUCCUUGAACGAUAUGAAAUACCCAUUGUUGCGAGCGUUUUAAAACUGUAUCUCCUUGAAUUACCUGAUUCUCUUGUUUCGUCUCAGGUUUAUGAAAUUAUCAAAACCAUCUACGCCACUACCACUGAUGCUACACCUAAUCCUAUUUCUACCGAAGCUCCUGACUCUGCCCCGCGGAUCAAGGUUCUUCAGUCUACACUUGGCCAGCUUCGGCUGAACAACAUUGCUACCCUCGACGCUAUUACAACACAUUUUACACGGCUUAUCGAUCUCACGUCUGCUGACGAAACCUAUAUCACUAAUCUUGCGCAGACACUGGCUCCUUGUAUUCUUCGCCCACGCGUCGAAAACGCUCUUACAAUGAAUGAGCGUCACGCUUACCGCCUCAUCCGCGACCUUUUCGAUCAUAAGGAGGCCAUUUUUGGAGAAUUGAAGCGGCAGUCGUCUUCGCUCGGCGGCCUCGGCGGGCCAGCUGCUGUUGGGGCAAAUGCUCGACCACGAGCGCUCUCAUCAACCGACGAAAGCAACCGUCGAGCUGCCAUGGAGGCAAGACAAAAAGCAAUCUUAGAACAGCGCUCUAGAGACAGGUCACCAGCACCGGCGAAUCGACAUCGGAGAGAUAAGAGUACAGAUGGAAGCUUGGGCAGAUUUCCAGUUGUGGCAAGUCAGCAAAUUGGAGCAACAAGCAAACCGAAUGUUGGUGGUCAAGCGGGUGGGAAUAGAUAUAGCCUGGAAGUUCCAGGCAGUCAGGAUAGCAGUCCAGUGGUGGAGAAAACAGCGAAGCCUCUACCAAGUCAGCUUCCCAACAUAUCUUCUCAACACAACGAUAUCGCGACGACCAUGAACGGCGCAGCGAACAUGCCGGAUGCAUUUUUUCAGCCUCCUACACCUCCAGAGAAGGAUGCUAGGAUCCCAGCGGCUGUACCCACAGCAGUAGAAGCAGACGUAGAGAAGAAGAAUAGCUUGAAGAGGAGUACGGUAGGAAGUGGUGGAAGAGCAAGGCACAGAGGUGGAGCUGGUUCAGCCAGCACAUCGAGCAUGAUGUCAAGGGGCAAAGGAAGCCUGUCGGACAGGCAUGUUGUGGACAGACAGAUCACCAGCAGUGCACAGGGGGUGACAUUGGAGGAUAGGCCAAUGGAUGACUGA